UAUUUUUAUCUUUACUUUUUAUCUUAUUUAAAACUUUAUAUUAUUUUUAUUUAUAUUUAUGACUGUAUACCUAAACCAAUUCUACUAUGUACUGUCCCAAAGAAAACAGGGUGAGCAACAUUUCCCCUGCUUAUUCUACCUUCGUCCUGUUCACGUCCUAUACUGACCACGUAAUGAGUCUCCUGCCUCUUCCCUUGCUGUAGAAUAUUUGUGUUCGGAAAGCCUCCAUUUCUGGAUCUGCUAAAAUCGUUCUUCAAAAAUUCGCAAACUUCCCCACCUCCAGAAGUGAAGGUUCACAAACAGACCUGGCAGGGAUGCAGGCAUAAGACUCGCCAGGGAGGUGGAGGGGACCUCAGAAGACCAGAGGAAUCCAAAUUAAAAUGAUGGUUCACAGGUAACCUAAUUCGGAGAGAGGGCGCAGCCUCCCCAGGCUGCCCCGCCCUCUGACCUAGAAAACCCGGAACUCACGAGUCAAUAGUGGCCAAGCCCAGGAAUUAUAGUGGGCGGUGCUUCGCUGCAAGAACAAAACAAAACAAAACAAAACAAAACAAAACAAAACAAAACAAAACAAAACAAAACAAAACAAAACAAAACACCUCAAACCUCCUCCCAGGAGCCUCCGCGCGGUGAGAAAAGCAAAUGUUAGCCAAUGAGAGCAGCUGUUCCGUGGCUUUCCCGCCCUAUACCCCAAAGGCUGAAGGAAGGCGGCUCUUUAGAGCCAGCGGGGAGUUAUAAAGGACCUCCGUAGCUGCUGCCAGAGAGCAUCUGCCCCGCGUGGGAUAAGAGGAACAAAAAAAGCUAAAUAACAGUCAAAGGAGGAAAUGCGACCAUUAUUAGGUCUAUGCAUCUCAAGCCAGUUUUCCAAGAAGUCUUAACCCUGAAUUCUAUAGCAACAAGGAAUGGUCUUCAAGUCUAAAUACAGAAAUAGGACCAGAAACUCGAUGGAAUUGGCAUUACUGACUUCCCCAGUACAGAAAACUAAACCAUAAUUUGAAGAACUUUCCUAAGAAGAGGAGUCACAAUAUCUGUAUCCCAGAUUGGAGGAAUAGGGAAAGUCCAGAGAGGAUUCCAACAUCAGAUGUUCUUCCUGGGCUAGCUCAUCCUCGGAGUCCACGAGACUGUUUUUUUUACCUGUUGCAGUGAUUUGGUGACAAAAAGGCCAUUUCCGCCUCAUAGAGUGAGCAGGCCGCAGAUGGUGGACCUAAGGAAUGGGAGCACAGUGACAGAGUUUAUCCUCGUGGGCUUCGAGCAGAGCUCCUCUUCCACUCGGGCAUUGCUCUUUGCCCUCUUCCUAGCCCUCUACAGCCUUGCCAUGGCCAUGAAUGGCCUCAUCAUCUUCAUCACCUGGACAGACCCCAGACUCAACAGCCCCAUGUACUUCUUCCUUGGCCAUCUGUCCUUCCUGGAUGUCUGCUUCAUCACCACCACCAUCCCACAGAUGCUAAUCCACCUGGUGGUCAAGAACCACACUGUCUCCUUUGCCUCCUGCUUGACCCAGAUGUAUCUGGUUUUUGGUGUAGGUGUGGCCGAGUGCAUCCUCUUGGCUUUUAUGGCCUAUGACCGUUACGUUGCUAUCUGCCACCCACUCAGCUAUGCACAGAUCAUGAGCCGGCAGGUCUGUGUAAAGCUGGUGAGUACUGCCUGGUUCUUUGGGCUAAUCAAUGGCAUUCUGCUUGAUUAUAUGACAUUUCGUGGUCCAUUCUGUAGAGACAACCACAUAGAAAACUUCUUCUGUGAGGCCCCCAUAGUGAUUGCCCUCUCUUGUGGAGACCCCCAGUUUAGCCUGAAAAUGAUCUUUGCCGAUGCCAUCGUGGUGCUGCUCAGCCCCAUGGUGCUCAUUGUUAUCUCCUACGCCCGCAUCCUGGCCUCCAUCCUUGGCAGAACCUCUUCCUCAGGUCGGGGCAAGACCUUCUCUACUUGUGCCUCCCAUCUGACUGUGGUCAUCUUUUUCUAUACCUCAGCCAUGUUCUCUUACAUGAAUCCUCGCAGCACACACGGCCCUGACAAAGACAAGCCUUUCUCCCUUCUCUACACCAUCAUCACCCCCAUGUGCAACCCCAUCAUCUAUAGUUUUCGAAACAAGGAAAUGAAGGGGGCCAUGGUGAGGGCCCUUGGGAGGACCAGCCUGGCCCAGGCAGAAUCUAUCUAGUGGGAAGACUCCUGGAAGAGAAGUCCCCCCCCCCCACCACCCAAGUCUUGACAAUUGGGCAACUCUCCAAUGCUGAGAGCCUCCAGUAGAGAGCAUUCAUAGCUUUCUUUCUACUAGCAUCAGUCCUGGAAGAUCCUGUUGAUGUCUAAUGCUCAUCUGUCUGAUUUCACUUCCAGUAUAGAUUGAUCUUUCCAAAUUUCUCUUACUGAUACAUGUUCAUGAUUGGAGGGGCGAGUAAAAUGAAAUGGAAAAGUUUAUUCCAAAUUUGGGGGAAAGGUAGUAAGCUCUUCAAGAGAAAGACAGUAAGAGGAUGACCAUUCCAUUCUUUGGAGCAUUUCUUUCUAGGGCAAAGGCAAUUAGCAGGAGCCCCAGCUUUGGGAAAAGAACAGACUGAGAGCCAUGAGGGAAACAAAGGGAUGUAUAUAAGUUUGGGAAAAAGCAAUGGAUGGGAGAAAUGUGUUAAGGGGUAUGUAAUAUUAUCCCUAUAUGGUGGCUACAAAAUUCUCCAAGAAAGUUCCCAGAAAAAGUAAGAACUGAUGAAUAGGAUUGUAUUACUCCUCCAAGGAAACAAGAGGAGGAGCUAUAUGCCAAAUACAUGUGAAUUAUUAAUGGAGAGGUGGGAGGGCAGAAGCAAGAACAGGAAGUCUGAGGGGUGCAUCCACAUCCCCAGAUUGUAAACUGGGAGUGGGAGCUAUAGAAUGAAAUCUUGUAGGGUCAGGGAAGCUUCCAGUGACAUCUGCAUUUUAUAAGAAUAUAAAAAGAGCACUUUAAGUUAUUUGUGUAUUUGUUCACUUUUGCUGGAAAAAUUUUGUGCCCUGCCUGGACGCAUGUUUUGCAAUUUAAAUAUUUCCCUUUUGUUCUUGAAGAUUUCUUCCUCUCUCUUGUUUUACUUAUAAUACACUACAUUUCCAAGACUCUGCUCACACCUCUAUCUCUUUCUUCCCUGCCCCUAUUCAGUUACCUAAAGUCUAGAGCAGGAGUUCUCAGCAGGGAUGAUUACCUCCCCCAGGAGGUAUUUGGCAAUAUCUGAAGACAUUUUUUGGUUGUCAUAACAGGAGGAGGCUGUGUGCAACUGGCACCUAGUAUGUAGGGGUCAGGGGUGCUGCUGAACAUCCUACAAUACACAGAACAACCCGCAUAAUAAAGAUUUAUGCAACCCAAGAAAUCAAUAAUGCUGAGGUUGAGUAACCCUGGUCAGGAGAUAAAGUAUUAAAAGGACAGAAUGA